AACCAGGCGCGGACAGUGACCUUCGUCAGUCAUUCCGUGCUCGAUGAGGAAACUACUAUUCUAGCCCAGAAAACGAUGGAAUACAGCAAUCGGACGUUAGUGCGCGAGGCUGAGGCGGCGGUUGCACCUAAAAAAAUAUCGUCGGCGCCGGCCUUUGUAAUGCGCCUUCCCAUUAUGCAAGUCUUUACUGAAGCCAAGGACGCCCUAGACAGUGGACAGCCCUCCGUGGUUCUACCCUCAAGUGCAAUUAGAUUUCCAAUGUCGGAUGAAUCUAACGGCUUUUUCUUCUGCAUUUUUAAGAAGGAGGUAGUUUUGCUGAAGCAGGAUGAGGAGGAAGAAGUGGAGGCGGAAGGCGAAGAGGGAGAGGAAAAAGCGAAAGGGGCGAAGAAGAAGCCGAAAAAAGCGACUAACACAAAUCUCAUACCACUGGCGGACUCUCCCCAAAUCUCUACCCAGCGUCCUCUGCUAGGAGUUCUCUACAGGCAUGACGUUCAAGUGAAGUUUUCUUCCGCUAGUGACCGAGAUGAAAGGAAGGGCUUGCCAUCGUUAUUCACGUAG